ACCAUUGAACCGGCCGGUUUACACAAAAACGGGAGCUCCUUCGUUUCUUUCUCCCUUUCUCCCUUUCUUUCUUUCAUUCAGAAGGAAAUCACAGAAACUCAGCCAAACCACCGCCGCAAGGAGUGGCAUACUGCCGCCGUCGGUCGCACUCAAAGUUCGCCGUCCGUCCGUCUAUCUAGCUUCCCUCGUGCUCCAAGUCUUCAACCCCUGUUCGCUGUCACCGAUCGCAGCUGCUUCCUCGAGCUCGGCGUCCGUCGUCUUUGUCUGCUCAGCCGCGCUUCCGCCGCCGUUUGUUUGCCGUUCACGUUCGCGUCUUCGUUCAGCCGUCAUCUUCGUUCGCGUUCUUCGCCGUUCACGUUCUCUCGGCGUUCACCGUUCGCGAUCGCUCGCAGUUCACCGUUCGAGUUCGCAUUCGCGUUCGUCUGGAAGCCACGUUGCUCUGCUUCAAACUCUGCGACCAACCCGCGCGCUCCACCUAGCCGUCGAACUGCUCUCUUUUGUAGCCGUCGUGAUGAUUUCUAUGCAGCUAAUGGCUUGAGAGAUUGGGCAACCAUUUUCCCCAAAACAUCUGUUUUGAUUCCAAUAAGGGACGUUCCAAUCAAAAUCUUUGAUGUUCAAGAUUCUCCUUCUUCACCUCCUGGUUUUCUUCCAACAACACCAGUGGUGGAGGCAGGAGAAACGACACAAGGUUCAGAUUUAUAUAUUGCAGGGCCUCUUGUAGGAUUUGGUUUGCUCAUAGCAUUACUUGCAAGUGGAUUAUAUGUUAAGAACUUGAAGAAAUGGAAAAAUGAUGCUGUUGUCCCCUCCAGUGAUUCAAACUCCACCAACCUGAUAUGCUCAACAACGGGAAGCUCUCCUAUGUAUAUGGAAACCAGCAGAAGAUGCUCCACGGCUUCAUGGCUGACGCCGGAUCUUCUUGCAGAAAUUAAGUACUGCUUGGUUAACUACACCAUAGAGGAGAUUGAGAAGGCCACCAAGAAUUUUAGUGAAGAAAACAAGAUUGGUGAUUUGGCCUAUAAGGGAUUACUCAAUAAUCUUGAGGAGGUGAUGGUAAAGAGGAUGAGGUUUGAAGACACAGGACAGGUAAUUGAUUUGCAUUCUAAGAUCAACCACUUUAACAUUGUGGAAUUGCUUGGUGUUUGUUAUGGUAGUGAGAGCAAAGUUUCAUCAUCACCAUCAUGGUCUUAUCUGGUUUUUGAAUUGCCUAAAAAUGGUUGCUUAAGGGAGUGUUUAUCUGAUCCAUGCAAUAAUCUAAAUUGGUACAAAAGGAUACAAAUUGCUUUUGAUAUUGCAACAUGUCUUUACUAUUUACAUUGCUGUGCUUUCCCUUCAUAUGCUCACAUGAAUGUCAAUAGCAGAAACAUAUUCAUAACUUCAAAAUGGAGGGGGAAACUAGCAGAUGUUGGUAGAGCAUUGGCUAUAAAAUCCACACCCCAAAAGAGAAAUAAUGAUAGUAUAGAACUUGUUAAAGGAUGGGUGGCACCAGAAUACCUCUUGAAUAGGACAGUUUCUGAGAAAGUUGACAUUUUUGCAUUUGGGGUUGUGUUGCUUGAGUUGAUCUCAGGAAGGGACAAUUUUGAUGAGAAAACAGCGAAAGAUUCACUUGGAUUUUUGUUGGGGGAAGCAAGUGAAGGUGGGUGUUUUGAAGGGUUGAGGAGUUUCAUGGAUCCUAAUCUGAAGGAUUAUGAUCUCCCAGAAGCUUUGUGUUUGUCUUUCUUGGCAAAGGAUUGUGUUGCAGAUGAUCCAAUGUAUAGACCAACCAUGGAUGAUAUCAUGAAAGUCCUUUCAAAAAUGGUUUAAUCAAAGAGCUAGAGCAUAACAAGAAAAAUCCGUGGUUAAGCUUUGUAAUAAUGAUGAAACUUUAUUGUAAAAUGUAAAAUAUAUUGUUCAUAAUGAGUAUAAGUUUUCACAUCUUCUUAGGCUUUUUUCUAUUCUUGUUCA